CAGAGAAGUGCUGCUGGAAGCUGGGGUGGCCAGGAGCACAUGGAAAGAUCGUUGCUUUGCCAAGGAAUUGAGUAUCACCGUGCAGCAUAGCUCCAUGUGGGGUGAGUCGCUUCCAAUCUGAGCUGCUUUUCAAACCAUGCAUGGAAUGCAGGAUUUAAGGUGCCAAAGGAUCAGCAUCCCAUUUUUCUCCCACUUCUGCCGUGUUGUUUUUCCCAGGGGCCACCCUGAAUGCGUAACUCAGUGCUGGUACAACUUGCCCUGUGGUUGUGGCCCUUUUUGCUGCCCUCGCUGGUCGGGAUGGCAGCCUCUCUGCCACCAUGGUGGGUCUGAAGCCCCCCGAGGUGCCCCCGACGGCUGCCAUGAAGUUCGUCAGCGCAGGGAUGGCCGGCUGCAUCGCUGACCUGUGCACCUUUCCCCUGGACACCGCUAAAGUGCGGCUGCAGAUCCAGGGCGAGGUGAGGAUCCCCCGGACCAUCAGCUCCGUGGAGUACCGGGGUGUUUUGGGGACGCUGAGCACCAUGGUGAGGACAGAGGGAGCCCGUAGUCUCUACAGAGGGCUGGCAGCUGGGCUGCAGCGCCAGAUGAGCUUCGCCUCCAUCCGCAUCGGGCUGUACGACUCUGUGAAACAGCUCUACACCCCCAAGGGUGCUGAGAACACAGGCAUGAGCACGCGGCUCCUGGCUGGCUGCACCACAGGGGCUGUGGCCGUGGCCUGUGCCCAGCCCACCGACGUGGUCAAGGUGCGGUUCCAGGCCAGCAGAGCCGUGUCAGACAGUGCCCGCCAGUACAGCAGCACUGUGGAUGCCUACCGCACCAUCGCCAGGGAGGAGGGGAUCCGCGGGCUCUGGAGAGGCACGCUGCCCAACAUCGCCCGCAAUGCCAUCAUCAACUGCGGGGAGCUUGUCACCUACGACCUCCUCAAGGACGCGCUGCUGCGGACACAUCUCAUGGCAGACAACGUCCCGUGCCACUUCGUGGCCGCCUUUGGUGCCGGGUUCUGUGCCACUGUGGUGGCAUCACCGGUGGACGUGGUGAAGACGCGGUACAUGAAUGCCAGCCCCGGGCAGUACCGCAAUGCCCUGAGCUGCCUCCUGGCCCUGCUCAUGCAGGAUGGCCCUGCCGGCCUCUACAAAGGCUUCGUCCCGUCCUUCCUGCGCCUGGGCUCCUGGAACGUGGUGAUGUUUGUGUCAUACGAGCAGCUGCAGCGUGCCAUGGUGCUGGCACGGCCGGGCCUGGCCUGAGCC